AGUGGACACCACUGAUCCCACUUUACCCUCCUUCUCUCUCACUCAAAAGUAUUUGAAUCCUAUUCUUUGAUAUAUAUGCAUAUAUAUAAAGGUUUUUAACUAAGUGUUGUGAUGUGAUACAUACAUAGCCCGGUUUCAAAGGAAGGGGUAUAGAGAGAAUAAAAGUUAAUUUGACUGAAAGACAUGUCGAGCUGCAUCGAUGUUGGUCCUGAGCAACUCUGCUACAUCCCUUGCAACUUCUGCAAUAUUGUUCUUGCGGUGAGUGUUCCUUGCAGCAACUUGUUAGACAUCGUGACAGUCCGAUGCGGACACUGCACCAAUCUAUGGUCCGUGAAUAUGGCAGCUGCAUUUCAGUCACUCUCAUGGCAAGAUGUUCAGGGCCCCAACUACACGCCAGAUUAUAGAGUUGACAUGGGCUCCUCCUCCAAAUGUAACAACAAGAUAUCACUGCGACCACCAACUCAUAAUGUUCCUGAAAAAAGGGCUGUAAAUCAACCUCCCGAGAAGAGGCAGCGAGUACCUUCUGCAUAUAAUCAGUUCAUAAAAGAGGAGAUUCAGAGGAUCAAGGCUAAUAAUCCUGAUAUCAGCCACAGGGAAGCUUUCAGUACUGCUGCAAAGAAUUGGGCACACUUUCCUCAUAUCCAUUUUGGGCUGAUGCUGGAGACCAACAACCAAGUUAACAUGGAUAGUGCUACUGAUAAGCGUCUUAUGUCAAGGGCUUCAUUUCUGGAUAAGUGAAAGACUACUCCAAUGAAGUCUGGGCUCAGGAAGCAAAAGAAAGACGAUUUGAAACUCAACAUGUUGUGAGGACAUGGAUCUAUAUUAUUCUUCAAUGUUUCUUUGUCUCAAGUACGUUGUUUAUUUAUUUAAUUAGGUUUGUUUUUCACUGCUUUCCAAGUAACUCAGCUACUUUCGUUGGCUGUAUUUGUCAGUCAAUGACUUUUCAUCGUAGCUAUUUAGAGUAAAAUAAAUUUCAAAACAUUUUUAACCA